ACGAAGACAGAGAUGAUUAGACGACUCGUGUGGGUACGAGAGCACCACACCACGCUGGAUGACCUACGAUUGGCAUCCUCACUUCAGCCGACGUAGCCAACUCCCAGCUCAGCAAUCGCCACCUUUUACCCCCUUGCGCGCCUCUGAUACAAGCUUGUAGCGCAGAGAUCCCAGAGGCACGCGUCCUCUUUCCAUCGAUCCACGGCUCGAUCGAGCAUCCCGCGAGCUGCCUUGCCCUCGCCAUGUCGGAAGCGGUUGAGAUCGACAAGGCCGCCUUUACUAGGCGAGCGGCCCAGCUGCUAAGCAGAUUCAAAGGAGGAGCGUCGCAGGAUGAAUCCUUCAAAGAUGUAGGCUCGGUGGCUAUUGUCAUGGGCGCUGCUGAUGAGCAAGUGGCAUACAGCAAGACGACGGCGUUGGUGACGUGGCUGCUCGGCUACGAAUUUCCUCAGACAAUGGUGGCUUUCGAUCAGAAGGGCAUCAUAUUCGCCACGUCCGCGAGCAAGACCAAGUACUUGGAGAACUUGGGCUCCUCAUCCGUGAACGUGACGGUGUUCAAGAGGACGAAGGAUGACUCUCAGAAUGCCAAGAUCUGGGAAGACAUCAUGACUCGUCUCAAGGGCAACGGGAAAUCCAUCGGCACCCUCAUCAAGGACAAGCCUCUGGGAAAGGUGGCAGAGGAGUGGAAUAGGGUUGUGGAGAGGGAGACUGCGGCGCAGGACGUGGAGCUGUUCGAUGUUGCUGUUCCACUAGCGUCUGCUUUUGUGCAGAAGGAUGAGGAAGAGCUGAGGACAAUCCGCACGGCUGCCAAGCUGAGCAGUGGCGUCAUGUCAAAGUACUUUGUCGAGGAGAUGAGCGGCAUUCUGGACGAGGAGAAAAGAGUGACUCAUUCCAGGCUGGCCGAUAAGGUGGAGGCUCAGUUGGAAAGCGACAAUGCGGCAUUCUGGAAAAAGAUUCGUGGAUUGGACGGGGUGGAUAUGGAAUUGGCAGACUGGUGCUACACGCCCAUCGUGCAGUCUGGCGGAGAGUAUGAUCUGCGAACUGCUGCAGAAUCCACCGACAAACCCCUUCAAGGCGCGAAUGGAGGAGGCGUCAUCCUAGCCAGCUUGGGCAUGAAGUACAAGAGCUACUGCGCGAAUGUUGGGAGGAGUUGGUUGGUGGAUCCCCACAAGUCUCAGUUGAAGCAUUGGACCCACUUGUUGGAGCUGCAGACGGAGCUGGUGGAGAAGCACUUGAAGGCGGGUGCAACCUGUAAAGACGUCUAUGACGCUGCUGUCAAGUUCAUCAGCAACAAAAACGCAAACCUGGCUGGUCACUUUGUAAAGAGCAUUGGUUUUGCCAUUGGCAUCGAAUUCAGGGACCCCGUGUACAAUCUCAAUGCCAAGAACACGAGGCAGAUUCCUAAAGACUCGACUUUCAACGUCUCUCUUGGGCUGGACAAGCUGGACGAUCCCAAUCACGAGGGUCAGACCUACUCUUUGCUGCUCAUUGAUACCAUUCGCAUCAACUCGGGCGAUGCGCCGGCUACUAUUUUGACAGACAAGCUUCGAUCGGCAGCCGACUGCGUCUUCUACCAGGACGAAGAGGACGAGGAAGAGGAGAAGAGCAAAAGCAAGUCGGGCAACUCUAACGGGUCGUCCCCCAAGAAACAGCCUCAAAACGUGACGGCUGGAGGCAAAGUUCUGAGAAGCAAGGGAAGGACCAAUGAGCUGGAUGCUAGCACUGCGAACAAGAUCAAGGAGCACCAGAGAGAACUGGCGGAACAGCUUCAGGAAGACGGCCUGGCCAAGUAUUCGGAGGAUGCGGGCGGCGCUGACGGGGACACUGGAAAGACUUUCAAAAAGUUCGAAUCCUACAAGCGCGAUUGGAACUUUCCAGCCAAGACGAAAGAUCUCAGGAUUUUUGUGGAUCAGCGAGCGCAGACGGUCUUUCUGCCCAUCUACGGCUACGCGGUGCCCUAUCACAUCAAUACGAUCAAGAAUGUGUCCAAAUCCGAAGAGGGAGACUAUACGUAUCUGCGCUUCAAUUUUGUCACACCCGGACAAAUUGUGGGCAAAAAGGAAGAUGUGCCAUUCGAAGAUCCGGACGCUACCUUUAUCAGGAGCAUGUCGUUCAGGUCGGACAACGCCCACCAUUUUACCGAGCUCUUCCACGAGAUAUCGGACUUGAGAAAAGCUCAGACCAAGAAGGAGACGGAGAAGAAGGAAAUGGCAGAUGUGGUGGAGCAAGACAAACUGAUUUUGAGCAAGACCCGAACAGCCGCCUUGCGCGACGUCUUCCCUCGACCCGCUCUUGAGGGCAAGCGUCUGCCUGGAGAUGUCGAGAUUCACCAAAAUGGCCUGCGCUUCACGGCGAGGAACAAUUUGCAAAUUGAUGUUCUGUUCAACAACAUGAAGCACCUCUUCUUUCAGCCUUGCGAUAAGGAACUCAUCGUCCUGGUGCAUAUUCAUUUGAAAGCUCCAAUCAUUGUGGGCAAGAAGAAGACCAAGGAUGUGCAAUUCUACCGCGAAGCAUCAGACGUCAAUUUCGACGAGACCGGCACGCGAAAGCGAAAGGGGAGAGGUGGUGACGAAGACGAGAUCGAGUUGGAGCAAGAAGAGAGGAGAAGGAGGCAUCAUCUCAACAAAGAGUUCAAGUCUUUCGCUCAGAAGAUUGCGGAUGCCAGCGAAGGUAGACUCAGCAUUGACACGCCCUUCAGAGAACUUGGCUUCAAUGGUGUGGGCCACCGAAGCAACGUGUUGCUCCAACCCACAACGGAUUGUCUGAUUCACCUGACCGACCCACCAUUCACCGUCAUUACCAUUUCGGAAGUGGAAAUCGUGCACUUGGAAAGAGUGACACUGAGCGGAUCCACAUCAUCUUCGUUCGACAUGGCGUUCGUCUUCAAAGACUUUACUCAAGCGCCUAUGAUCAUUCGCAGCGUGCCCAUGGCGAGUCUAGAUUCGGUCAAGGAAUGGCUAGACUCUGUCGAUCUGGUCGUCACCGAAGGCAUGGUGAAUUUGAAUUGGGGACAAAUCAUGAAGACGGUGAGGGAAUCGCCGUACGAUUUCUUCGUAGAUGGAGGUUGGUCCUUUUUGCAAGAUGGAGAUGAUGGCUCGGAUGGGAGCGAAUCUCAAAGCGGCUCGGACUUUUCAAAAGAGGUUUCGGAUGCGGAGAUUUACCAAUCUAGCUCCGACGACGAUGAUGGUAGCGAAUUUGGAGACUCGGAGGAAGACUCUGGAUCGGGAAGCGAACCUGCUACAGAGAGCGACAGCGACGAGGACGACUAGCCUUACGCAGCUUGCUGCUGCUCCAUCUCCCCUUUUGUCGCAUCGCGGCCCCACCCUGUCCCUCGUUGCUCCUCAUGUCUAACGUCAUCAUCAUCACCACCACCACCCCCAAGACCAAUCCAUCCCUGCAGCCGCACUUGCUCUCUUGCUCUUCGCGCUGUUCAAGCAGACGUCGUAUCUGGGCACUCUUUUCAAGUAUUACAUUGUGGUUACGAAAAGAGAAAAAUGUCGU